AUGUACUCGCAAGUCGCAACUCGCAAGGGUGCAGGCGAUGGAGAUGGCAGGUUUGAGGUCUGGGAGAGGGAGGGGGAGGCGUCAAGUUACGCAGGGUCGCCGUCGCGCGCCGCGGCGCUCGCGUCGCUCUGUCACCUGCGCCGACGCCGGCCCGUUAUACUACACCCAGUAACCGACGCAUACAUAUUCGUCCUUCGUGAUCUCUUCGGCAGAAAGGAAACCUCCAUCGCACCGUUUCCAAAAACACCUCACAGCCUUCAAAAUUUUAUACAGGUGAGC